AUGAAAGCAAAAGUGCAAAUAUUCAAAAUUCUCUCAAUUUUAUGUGCAUUUUUAUUGCAACAUGUCUCGGCUGAAUGUAAGACAUGUAAGUUGUGAUAAUAUGAAAUCACAUGGGUAUUCGUAAAUUUCCAGAUCCCAAUGGCACUAAUGUACCUUGCAAUUAUGAUUUUCAAUGUGAAGUUGGAUUCAUAUGUAAUAACAAUAAUUACUGUUGUACUCGAGAUCAUCCUAGAAUCGAGUGCAAAAACCAGAACACCUUCAAAACUCGAUGUCAAACUCAAGAAAUCGGAACUUCUGCUUUAUUCUGUAUUAAAGACAAUAAGUGUAAUGAACCGAAGCGAAGUGAUCGGAAAAUUCGAUAUUGUUUUGAUGGUGUAACACCGUGGGAAAAUGAGCCAGAAUGUACAGUUAUCGAUAAUAUUCGAUUUGUAUGUGAAUAUUAUGUGAAAGAUCGAAGAACUCGUGGAACUUGUCGAUUUGGGCAUUGCUGUCCGAAAAGUAAGUCCUUUUAAUCGUAAGCUCAAGUAAACUGAAUCUGAAUUUCAGGACGUGUACACUUGAAAAAACCCAUCUUAUCCGACCACAGCUAUCUAACAAACAUCGAUUGUGAUUAUUCUCUCCCACUCCAACCCAUCUAUCAAUACGCAUUCUGCGAAAAACCCGCCGAUCCUACCACUCAACCCGGCAAAAUUUGGUUGCUCGGACAGAAAGCGCUGGAUUCUGGCGAAAUUUUGGGCGAAACCCCGCAGAUUUGUCGAACAUCAGCCGAUUGUGCGAUGGAGCGCGUUUGUGUGAAUUUGAUGCAUGGCGUGAGGAUUUGUAUGUUUGACACGGAUCAUGAAAUGAAUCCGGUCAAUGGGAAGAUUCCGUUUUAUGAUUUGAGCAAGAUUCAGGAUUGA